CAAAAAUGGUGGAAGGGACACCUUGUGGAAGCGCGAAGGAUGAUCCAGUAGCUUCCACCAAGGCUUCACCUCACCUUGACCCCCGUCAUCAUCACCCUCAUCCCACGAUGGACCCCAAGGGCGGAGAGCUGGGCGGAGAGCCUGGGUCCGAGGAUGUCCCGCAUCGCAUGCAUGGCCGAGAGCCCAUGCUGAGCAGCUACCAGAGGAGGGUGCGGCUCAACAACGCUAUCUGCCGUCUACGAAGGAGGAGCAAGCAAGUUUGCGGGAUCUACGUUCAGUUCAAGGACAUGGUGGGGAUUCUGACCACCAGCGACGCGCUGCCGUCAGAGCUCGACGCUGAUGAUUGUGUCGCCAUCUUCGAUCUUUCCACAGGGGACAGACACCAGGUCCCGCUCCUCCCCCGUACCCACUUCCUCUCCUCCCCAAAGCUCGGGUUCACCUUCGUCGCCUGCUCGGACCCUGGGCCAGCGGUCCCUCCUGUGGAGCUUCACAGGGGCAGGAACGCAGGAGUGGAGAACGGAGAGCGCGCGCACGUCGUCAUGCUAGAGGAGACGGGAGAAAAGAAGUUGGUAGAGACCAAGAUCCUGCGGCUGACGUCGCCCACCUUCACCUACCAUGUGGACGAUGCUGAUGAUUCUUCUCUCCCUCCUGGCACUGUGCUUCUUAAUGGCCUACAAGUGAUUGGCCUGCACAAGAGGGCGUUCAGGAUGGAGAGGAAGGAGAACAAGGGGUUUCUGUCGAAGCUCACGUGCGGGCCAUCGGAGGCUGAGGUUUCCUUCAUGAAUCACACGAGGA